UCCAUCAGGUCCAAUUCCGCUCAUCCUCUCCAUGAGACAGUGGCAGUGCAAAACAGUUCCUUUAGUAAAAGAUUAUUACACCCAGCAUGUAAGAAGGAACGUUUCCGGAAGGUCUUUUAUUCCAUCUGUCAUAAGACUCUAAAACACAUCGGUUAUGAAACGUUGUGCUACCAAAUCACUUCAACAAAAUUAAUAAUUCAAUACUUGAAUUUAAUAAUGUGCAUUUUCCACUGUACAUUUGUAACAAAGUGUUUUAUUCUGUAGUGAGGCACCUCUUGGCCUCAUUGAUUGUGUAGCUCAUGGGUGUGUGCAGUUUUGGCCCUUAUGGCAUGACAUUGUCAUCAGUGUGAUUUAUUUAUUGUAUUUAUUUUAUUUUGUAUUAUGUUAUGGAUGUAGGAUUGUUGGACUUUAUACUUUUUUAUUUUAUUAUUGUUUAUUAUUCCAUGAACGGAGUUGCAUAUCUGUUAUGUAUUUUGGGGUUACUAUUAUUCCGUAGUAAGGAAGCACCGGGGGAUUCUUGGUAAUAUUCUGGCGGGAGUUUCUCGCAACCACUGCAAUGCACCAUGGUGGAAUUAAAAAAUGGAAUACACAGUUAAAGUAACGUCGUUGUGGGAGUCUAUGUUGGUUAUACCGGAAACCUGCGAAGAGGUACAAAUAUAACAAAGACAAAAUAUUAUUUUGCGGAAACUAGGCCACAAUUCCGCGUGACGUCACCUUGUUGCCGGAAGACGCUCUGCAGCACAUCUGAAUGAAGCAUGGAGUGAAGGGAAGGACAGCUCACAGCUUCAAGUCAAGAGAGACAGGAUGGUUCGUGUUUGUGCCUUUCCCGGCUGCGAAACAAAAAUGAAAAGGUACAACCCAGAAACGUUUCAUAGGCUGCCACUGCGGUACGAUGACCGGUCUCUCGUGAACUCGUGGCUAAUCGUCUUGAAUAUGGAUAUCGAGACGCCAUACGAGACGCUGAUUCGGAAGGAUUACCGUGUCUGCAGUGCUCAUUUCGAUGAGGACGACUUCGUCGUUCCUAAGAGAGCUGCAGACCCUAAUAACCCAAAGAAAGUUUCCUUGAAGAAGUGUGCUGUUCCACGAGUGAAGGCAAUGGCUACGGAUAGACUGGAGACUGCGCCGUGUGAGGAGAGCUGCCCCGAGAUAACCUUUGACGUAUCAGAGUUUAACUUUGAGGAAAACAAUUGUUCAAAUGAAGACGGAGGGGAAGAAGAAAACAUUUGUUCUAAUGAAGAAGGAGAAGAAGAAGAAGAAGAAGAAAAAAAGAUGAUUGACAACCCUGAUUCAGACUGGGAAUUGGAACUAUCCGACAUAUUGGAGAGCGAUGACUCUGACCAAUUGGAGAGCGAUGACUCUGAUUCAGAAUUGCUUAGAAGGGUACGUCAACUUUGUCCAGAAUGCGGUGCCUUUUACUUUACGUCUAAGACUCACACAUGCGAGUAUAAAAUCAAGCCAGUUUCCUGCAACGUUUGUGGUAAGAAAUGCGUGGACAAAAGUGCCCUGAAAACUCAUAGCCGUAUCCACAAGGAAAGCUAUGAGCACCCCUGCAAGUUCUGCAUGGUUUCCUUUAAAACAAGACUUGAUAAACAGGCCCAUGAGAGAGCUCACACCCACAAAGCAAAACCAUAUGAAUGCCCUGACUGUUCCAUGGCAUUUUCCAAGCUCCCUGCACGCAAUUUACACUUGAAAGGCCACAGGGGUCCCAAAAUGUUUCCCUGCUCCUAUUGUUCUUUAGAAUUCCGGACUCGCCACUCUUUCGACCGACACAUGGUGGUGCACAAUGGUGUGAAGCAAUUUCUUUGCAAGUUCUGCUUUCGUUCCUUCAACCAGCCGGGCCACCUCACAUCCCACCUGCGCCUGCACACCGGGGAGAAGCCCUACCAGUGCAAGCAUUGUGACGAGAGCUUCAAUCACAACGUGAGCCUGAAGAGUCACGUUACGCGGUACCACAAAGGAGCCUCUGACUCGGAGCCUAUGGGGGACACACCAGAGAGGAUGGAACCACCAGGAACCGGUAUAGAGGAGGUGAAUGUGGAGCUGGUCAUUGGAGACACCGAGGAUACAGUUGGGGAUGUUAUCGACGGAGACCCUAAUCUGAAAGAAGUAGCAAAGCAGUUCAAGAAGUCUGAUUAUAGGUCCAUGGGUAGACCCAAAGGAAGGCCCAAAAUACGCUCUUCAACGAGGGAGAAAGACUUGAUUUUCGGUUCUGCCAGGGGAGGCCCCGGACCCAACCACAGCAGCUGAUACGUCAGAGGAGGUUCAUUUGAGGAGAGCCACAUCCAAAAACAUUGAAAGUGAUGGCAGUGACAGGGAUCGAACCUCUGAAUUUACAGUAGAGGAUGACAUGCAGGAAACCAAGGUACUGAGGAAGGGCAAGUCGAAAGCCAGCCAGAGACCAAAGUCCUUGACCAUGCAGAGGAUGUUUUUGAGAGUGACUCGGACAAUGACCCUAAAGAAGAGGAGGCUAAAGUGAUAGACAAGGCCUCAGACGUCAGGAAAAGUAGGACGACGUAGAGGAAGGCCAAGGAAAAAUCUAGUUGUCUAAAAGUCAUAAUUUGGAAGUAUUUAAUUUUUCUAAUGUGUACAGGAAAAACUUGACUAAACAAGAUUUGCCAGAACAGAUUGGGUCUACGCAACUGUCUUUACUCUAGGAUAAUUGCAUUGACAAGAAUAUUGCAAUUACAUAUGGAAUAUAAAUAUUUGAUGUGAUGUGUGAUUGUGUCGUUAAAAAUAUUAUUUGACAAUGAAUGUGUCUUUGAUGCCAGAUAUUCAAGUUUAUCAAACAAUUUGCCUUUGCGUUUGUUGUUGAGCAGUCCUCCUUAGACUGCCCUAGCAACUAUAAAAAUGUAAUAUUUAAUUAAAAAAUUGAUAACGAUUUUAAUUUGGUUCGAUGCGCUUGAUAUUUGUGAUUGUCUUACAUUCUCUAACGUCACAACCAAGUAUAUUUUGUCUGCACAUCAAAUAAACAUGGCUAGUUGUAAUUCAAAAGGCUCAAAUAAUUUUGAACUAUUUGCUACAUACUUUUCCCUCUGAUGGAUUUACUUGGGGUUCCAACCUGUACAUUUUUCUUGUCUUUAACCAUAACAUGCAAUGAUAUAGAUAGAAUAACCUUAUUUUUAUGCACUUAUUCCCUUACUUCAAUCUUAUCCAUAUGACAUUUUCAAACGAAACCGUCAACUAAAUACUUAAAUCCUAAAUUGGAUCUUGUGAUUUCAGUUUGAUAUUGUAAACUGUUACUAGUUACCAAGAGUAAAAACUAAAAAUCUAUAACAUUGGUUUUUGGCCCUCUUUUGUGGUAGUGUCAUCUGCAAGUGUAAAUUCUGCAUUCUGACUUGUAGUGAACUGUGAUAUCUGUUAAACUGGACGGGGAAUCCCAUGCAUGAAUUUUCUUCAUUUGUUGAUACAUCUUUUUAAUUGUCAUACAACUUUUCCUACAUCGUUUCUUUUCCUAAAUCCAAGACUAGGUCAAUGUAUGAGUUGUCCUUAAUAUUCCUAACCGUGCCUUCUCCUGUAUAACUUCUAUGCGACCAUUAUUACUAAUAGGUGCAUUUUAGAGAGUAACUCAUCUAAUCUAAAUAGCUCUGCUACUAAUGUAUUCGAAACCAUCUGAUGUGUAAUGCUGUCACAUCCGCGUGUGUUCAAAACACUUCAAGUCCGAAGACUUCAAGACAGACUUCAGGUAUACAAUCAUGGGCACCAGAUCCCGGACCGAACCCACAUUAGACGCGGUCAGGUCGAUCUUUCCGUGGACCUUUCCUAAUGGUCAGAGUUUACCCACGGACACAGUCCCCCCACUGAGGGAAAGCCCGAUGGAGACUGCGCCGUGUGAGGUUAGCUGCCCCGGGAUAACCUUUGAAGUAUCAGAGUUCAACUUUGAUGAGGAAAGCAAUUGUUCAAAUGAAGAAGGAGGGGAAGCAGCAGCAGAAGAAGAAGAAAACAUUUGUUCUUAUGAAGAAGGGGAAGAAGAAGAAGAAGAAGAAGAAAGGAUUGAAGAAGAAGAAGAAGAAAGGAUUGACGACGCUGAUUCAGACUGGGAAUUGGAACUAUCUGACAAAUUGGAGAGCGAUGACUCUGACCAAUUGGAGAGUGAUGACCAUGACCAAUUGGAGAGCGAUGACCAUGACCAAUUGGAGAGCGAUGACUCUGAUUCUGAAUUGCAUAGAAGGGUACGUCAACUUUGUCCAGAUUGCGGUGUCUUUUACUUUACGUCUAAGACUCACACAUGCGAGUAUAAAAUCAAGCCAGUUUCCUGCAACGUUUGUGGUAAGAGAUGUGUGGACAAAAGUGCCCUGAAAGCUCAUAGCAGUAUCCACAAGGAAAGCUAUGAGCACCCCUGCAAGUUCUGCAUGGUUCCCUUUAAAACAAGACUUGAUAAACUGGCCCAUGAGAGAGCUCACACCCACAAAGCAAAACCAUAUGAAUGCCCUGACUGUUCCAUGUCGUUUUCCAAGCUCCCAGCACGCAAUUUACACUUGAAAGGCCACAGGGGUACCAAAAUGUUUCCCUGCCCCCAUUGUGCUUUGGGAUUCCGGUAUCAUGGCCCUUUGGAACGACACAUGUUGGUGCACACAGGCAUGAAGGAGUAUGUGUGUGAGUUCUGCCAUCGCUCUUUCAAACAGCCGGGCCACCUUAAAUCCCACCUGCGUGUGCACACCGGGGAGAAGCCCUUCCAGUGCCAGCACUGUGACAAGAGCUUCAAUCACAACGUGAGCCUGAAGAGUCACGUUAUGAGGUACCAUAAAGAGGGAGUGUCAAAUUUUGGGCCUAGCGGACCUGUGAAACGGACCAAAAGGGCGGAAUUUCAGUCCAUGGGUAGACCCAGAGGAAGACCUAAAAGAGAGGCAGCAACUAGAGAGCAAAACUCUGUUCCUGCGGUGCGAACCACAGCUGCUGAGAUGGCAGGGAAGGGACGGUUGAGGAGAGACUCUUCCAAAGACAUUGAUGGUGAUUGGAGUGAUGGGGACCGAUCCUCUGAACUGACAGAAGAGGACAAGAUGGAGGAAGUGAGGAAGAGCAAAAGGAAAUCCAGCCAUAGUUCCAAGACUUUUUCUAUUGUAGAGAAUGAUUCGGAGAGCGACUCGGACAGUCGCCCUGAGGAGGAGGCUAAGAAGAGUAAAGUGGUGAAAAGGGAGAAAACUAAACCUCUCAAUCAACAUUAAAAUCCAUUUAAUUGUUUAAAUGUGACAUAUCUAACAUACAAACACUUCUUUCGGGAACUGAGUGGGUAUAACAAAAUAGGUAUUGGUUUGGGAUUAGGGAAAUUUGGAUUGAAGAAUUUUCCUAUUUUGUAUAGUGUAAAUAUUGUAUGGACAGGCAGUGGGCAGUUUUGUUUCAUCUUUGUAUUAAUAUUUGAAAUACUUUUUUGAAAUUCUAUCUAAUUACAUAUUCCCAGGAGGUGGAAUAACUGGGACUAAUGGUGAGUGUUCUUCAUGUGUAAUAUACAACGGUAUCAUAAGGUUGCCAUUAUUAUAUUUUUGGGAUUUCAUUAGUUAGUCUGGUGACUUUGUAAGUCUCUGGACACAAUCUUUGUCUUUGAUGUCUGUGUUGAAUGCAAGAUUAAAUUUUGCAUCCUUUUAAGUCAUUAUUAUUGAUUGCUCCAUUAAAAUUGAGUGCUUUCCCUGAAUUGCUCUAGCCCAUUUAACGGUCCUCGUUCCCAAAAUAUCCACGUUCUUUGCAUGUCAGUCGUGAAGAGGACACACUUUUCUUAAAAGGGUGCCUGUUGAUAUCAUUCCUUUGAAAUAGCUUUCUCCGGUAAUUUCCUUCGUGUGCUGCAAUUUGAAAUGUUUCCUAGCUCUAGCGCUUUACCCCAAUGACAGCGACGGUCGCUGGUUGUGCCAGGUUGAAGGCGGGGGAGGCAGCGCAGCAAGCUACAAGACUAGUCGCCUGCAGCGAAUGGAUCCCCUGGAUCCAGCGUGGAUCAAGCUGGCCUCAGCCAUACAUUUGCCAGCCAGCACCACAGCCCAAGGCCCCCUGCUCAUAGAGGGAGCUGGGGAAUACCGAGGGCUGUUCAGGGCCGCUUGUAGAGCUACCACUGCGGCCCAGCUGUUGGGUCUCUCUCCUCCCCGCCGGGCCAGACACCCUAUUCCACUUAUACCAGUUUCCGACAUUGAUAAGAUAUUUUGUACUUUCAUUUAUAACGUUAUUACUCGUAAAACAACUCAAUGAGCUGAAAUCUAAAUAAUAGGCGAUGGUGAUUUGUGCAUAUUGUUUCUGGGUUAAUAUAAAUAAUGCUCCCUCUUGGAACUUGGGAGGGACUCAUCAGGCUAUGUAUUCAAUAAUUAGUUAGCUCUUAAAUCUUUUAUUACAUUUUUUGAUUAUUUUACAUUUUGAUAGUAGUUUAAAGUUUAAAGUAAUUGCAAGGUAAAAGUUACAAGAAGUACUUCGACAUUGCUGUUUGAACAUUUAAUUUAAUGUUCCCAUGGAAAUCAUUUCAUUUUCGGUUUCAUCAACUCUGGACACAGUGAGGUGGUUGGAUAGACAUUCAACCAAUCAAAGCCACGGACCUCGUGACGCUCCGCUGAGCGACGGAAGAAUGUAAACAGGAGCAGGUAAUGGUGCAUCACAGAUAUGUCUGUGGACGAUUGGUGCCGUUUUUGCCACAAGUAUUUGAAAACACUAGGUAUCAUUAGCCACUCGACCUUGAUUUUCAGAGUAACAGGAAUGGCCAAAACCGUCUUUCAUCGCCUUGUCGAUCUGGGAUUGACUUUGAGAAAAAGUCCUGAAAGAUCCAUGCGAUCGUGUCGGAACUGUAUCACCCUACUCUCUAGAAUCGAGAGGGAUUUAGCAGUCUUCAGAAAAUGGGAAGUCCAGGAAAAACAAGCCGAUUCAAACGAAGGAGCGUCGGGCUCCACAACAGCAGAUAAAGGGGAUCUGGAGACUGCUCCUUCAAAGACGUACAGGGCUCCAAAAAAGACUGCACCAUGUGAGGAGAGCUGCCCCGAGAUAACAUUUGACAUAUCAGAGUUUAUCUUUGAUGAGGAAAGCAAUUUUUCAACUGAAGGAGGGGAAGCAGAAGAAGAAAACAUUUGUUCGAAUGAAGUAGGGGAAGAUGAAGAUGAGAUUGCCGUCUUUGAAACAGAAGAUUUUGACCAAUUGGAAAGCGAUAACUAUGACCAGUUUGAAAGCGAUGGCUCAGAUUCUGUAUUGCAUGAAGGUUUACAGCACCUUUGUCCAGAAUGUGGUGUCUUUGUCUUCACGUGCAGGAUUCACAUUCACACAUGCAUGGAUAGUAACAAGCCGUUUUCCUGCAAUGUUUGUGGCAAGAGCUGUCUGGACGAAAGCGCCCUGAAAGCUCAUAACAGUAUCCAUGGGGAAAGCUUGCCCUUAAAAACAAGACUUGAUCAACCUCCCCAUGAGGGAGCCCACAUACCCUGUGCAAGACCACAUAAAUGCCCUGACUGUUCCUUGUCGUUUUCCAACCUCCCUGCACUUAAUUUACACGUCGAAGGUCACAGCGGCCCGAAAGUAUUUUCAUGCCCCUAUUGUACAUUGGAUCCCCUCACGGUCUCCGACACGAAUAGACACGUUAUGGUGCACACUGGCAUGAAGCAGUAUGUGUGUGAUUUCUGCAGUCGCUCCUUCAACCCUCAAAGCCACCUUAAAUCCCACCUGCGUGUGCACACGGGUGAGAAGCCCUUCCAGUGCAUGCACUGUGACAAGAGCUUCAAUCACAACAUGAGCCUGAAGAGUCACCUCAUGGGGUUCCAUAAAAUAGUUUCCCUUAUGGCUAGACCCUCGGUGCCAAGCCAACCAGGGCCCUCGGGGCCCCCUGCAACAGGGGGGACAAACUCUAUUCCUGCUGUGCAAGGGAAGGCCCUGGACCCAAUUACAACAGCUGACACGUUCGAUGUGGGCUAUUUGAGGAAACCCUCUUCCAAAGACAUUGAUGCUGAUUGGAAUGACAGGGUUCGAACCUCAGAGCUUACAGAAGAAGACAAGACAGAGGCAAGCAAGGCAGUGAGGAAGAGAAAGCGGAAAGCCAGCCUUGGACCAAAGACCUAUUAUAUUGCAGAGAAGGAUUUUGAGAGUGACUCGGAUAGCAGCCCUGAGGAGGAGGGUGAGAAGAGACAAGCUGUCAAAAGUGAGGAAAUAGGACGAUAUAGAGGAAGGCCUAGGUAGAAAUGUUGAAUGUUCAAACAAAAUGUAACCAGAACUGGGUGUAUGUAUUUGUUGGGGUUGGGUUUAAGAAUAAAGGCAUUCAAAUGUAUUCCCAUUAUGUAACUAAAUUACACAUUGGAUGCUCAGUGAUUUCUACCACCAUUUCUAAUGGACGCAAGCAGCAAACAAGACCAUUGGUCUUGUUUUUACAAUUUUAUAACUGGGCAAAAUAAUUGUUUGCUGUCCAAUUAUCACCACAAUCAGAUGAAAUAAAUGGCUUAAAAGGCUUUAAGCCAUUUAUUUAAUCUGAUUGUUGCUGAGCAGAGCUUUUGCUGUCAUUGACUCCAUGUUUCUGAGAACCCACGUAAAGUUAAUACUAAAUACCCCAAAUAAGCUGCAAAGCCUUGUUUGAUCUUAUAUUGACAAAAGCGACCAUAAGACACACAUUUACAUUACUUGUUUAACACUAACAUUUGUUUGGUAACACCUGACACACAGGGUUUGAUCAACCAUUAAUUCAGCAAUUCCAUAUCUAUCAUUGUUAUAUCGGUUAGUGUUAACUAUUAAAUAAUGUUUUGAUUAAUACCGUCCUUAGUUGACCUACAUUAACAUUAACUUACUUAAGAUGACAACCAUUUGUAAACAUUACUACUAAAUUUAAAGAAAUAAUUUAGUAACUAAAUUAUUUUCAGAUACAUUUUUUUAACUGUUAACUGUCAAAUAUCUGUUUGUUAAUGAUCAUUACUGGCUUUAACUAAUGUUAAUUAAUGGUAACAUAAUGCACCCUUAUUGUAAGGAGGUGCCAUUUUUUUAUGCCCAUGUAUCACUGUCCAUUUUAUAUAAACUAAAAUGUCAGUCUUAACGUUGUAGUUGCUGUUUAUUAUUAAUGAAAUGCCAAUUUGUACGUAAACAUGCCAAGCUUUGGCUGCCUUUUUCUGGUACGCUAAGUUGAGUGAAUUGAGAAAAACAUUGUUGUUGGUGGCUAUAACGAAUUAGUGCUAGGUUACACAUUAUUAAACCUUUCUUCAUACUUUUAUACAAUAUCUUUUAAAUGAAAAUUUGGUGCCUAUUUAUUGCCGUGGAUUUGCAAGGAACUUAUGGAAGUAAUCAUUUAAAAUCGAAAUACUUGACUACAGUCAGUCAUUAUAUACAUGUUGUCAUAGUGCAUAAUUCCUCUAGGUGUCCUCCUUGUGCCACCAAUACUGAAAUAAUUGUAACGGCUUUUUUUUUUACCUAAUGGCUCUUCUUCUAAAAUAACUCAUCGUGCCCAUUUUAUACAAUUUGGAAGGAGCAGCUGUUGUGCCCCAUUUUCCUUCAUUCCUUUUCUUAUUAUCUAACCAAAGAACACUCUGUUGUACUGCUGCUUGAGGAUGAGUGCUCAGGUAAAAGUGCAUCUCUUUCUACCAUCUGCUUUGUCUCUAAUAUUGGGGCCACAUCAGACUUAAAAAUGUCACGUCAGUGAAUAACUGCUGAUUUGUUCUUUUUAAUAUUUCAGUUAGCACACUUUGCUAUCCCUGGUAAUUUCCCCGUAUUGCACAAAUGAAACCUUUUUAAAAAGGAGAAUAUCAUUUUAGUUAAUAACUCACAAAGCAGAUUUCAUUAAUUAAGUCAGUCGACCCUGACUUGUUUGUUUUGCCAUGACAAGCAGGUCUUGUGAUUUGUUUUUUAUUGUUCAUUAUUAUUCAUAGACACGAGGGAGUUUGAUUACUACACCGCUUAUGUUUAUUCGAUAUGCAUGUAUUAUGAUUAAAACAGUCUGUCCAGAUUACCAAGCCUUCUUUGCAUGUCUGCUUAAGAGGACAUGGGUCUCUUCAAAGGCUACCCAUUGUCCUCCUUCUCUUUCAUUUAGCUUUCUCCUGUCAUUUCCUUUGUGUACUGCAAUUACACUUGAGCUGCAAUAUUCCAUGUCCCCCUUUUUUCUGUCUUAUAAUGACCUUAAAUGGUGCACUGUUCCAUUGACUUUAAUCUUGCUGUUAUUUUUAAACAAUCACAGAGCCUUUGUAUACUUUGUUGGUGAUUCUUUUCUCUGAUCAAUAACGGCUGCGCUUCUCUCUGAAUCCUCAUUCAUUUCUGUUCUUUUUCUCCUUCUGUCUGUCACACGGUGAGAAGCCAUCCAACAAAAACAUCUCACACAAAUACAAGAUUAGCUUCAAAGAAGAUUGCCCUGCGAGCCACAAUGGUUCAUGUUUAUGUGUGCUAUGUGUGGUCAUCGAUAGAUGAAUGACUAGAUUGAAUAUUGAUGAAAGAUGAACCAAAUUAUAGUUUUCUGGUGAAUACGUACGUUUUAAAUGGUAGAUGGACUGCAUUUAUGUAGCACUUUUCUAACCAGUGGCCACUCAUAGCGCUUCACAAUAUUGCCUCACAUUCACCCAUUCAUGCACACAUUCACACACCGACGGCGGCGUCAACCAUGCAGGGAGACAGCCAGCUCGUGAGGAGCAGUAAGGGUUAGGUGCUUGCUCAGGGACACCUCGACACUAUAGGAGGGGCCCGGGAUCGAACUAGCAACCUUCCGGUGACCAGCCAACCCGCUCUAUUUCCUUAGCCACAUGCCGGCAAUUUGAUAAACUCAUAUGAGCAGUAUUAAAACGUGUUUAUGCUACCUACUUACGGCAAGAACAACCAGUAGCAGGGCUUACAGGUUGUACAGGGCCGCUAAUGCUUGAGUUCGUUUGGCUGACUUUACUUGAGCUAUAAUGUUCAAACUGCCCCUGAUGUUGCAGACCAUGUUUCUUCUGUGAGGUCUGUACUCUGUACAAUGGAGAGUGGUACAUUGUUGUAAUAAUGCUGCGAGGAUUGGUAAUAUCACUGUG